CGCUGGACCUUCCACUAGACAGGCAUGUUUGAGUUGAUCGACGACGCCGUCAUCGCGCCCUAUCAUUACUAAUUGAAAUUUUGUGUGCAAAAACGCUUCCGAUGAGUCGUAGCCAUGUGGAUAUAUAGUCAAUGGGUAUAUUGGCUUGAUUUUGGGUUAUUUUGGAUCUCUCUUGAUUGCUCGUUCGUGUCACACUUGCACCAGCCAUCAGGUCAAGGAUGACUCGCUCUAUUAAGGAAGACUUUGACGAGAAAGACCACCAUCGUCAUAGUCUAGACUCUCAUGACGAUGACGGGCCCUCAAACGAGCGUCCGGACUUUUAUCCUGCUGAAGCUGCAGAGGAAUUACAGCCAGAAGCUAUCGAAAGAACAACGACACGAGACCAUAAUACCAGCGCUCUCUCUAGAAUAAUAACUGGUCGUUCAAUCACUUCAACUCGACAAGACCCUGGCCCUCCUCCGGAUGGAGGACUGGAUGCUUGGUUACAGGUGGCUAUGGGUCACCUGGUUAUAUUCAACACAUGGGGCUAUAUUUCGAGUUUCGGGGUGUUCCAAUCUUACUAUACUGAGACACUAAAUCGACCACCAGCAGAUAUCUCAUGGGUAGGAUCGAUACAGAUCUUCCUCCUGUUCUUCAUCGGCACUGCUGCUGGCCGUGCGACUGAUGCAGGCUUCUUCCGUCCUGUGUUCGUCACUGGUUUUGUGCUGCAGCUCAUAGGCACAUUCAUGACGUCGCUGUCGACAAAGUAUUGGCAGCUGUUCCUUGCACAGGGGGUCUGUACAGGGCUGGGCAACGGUCUUCAAUUCGCCCCAACGAUGACUUUGAUAACGACCUACUUUGCCAAACGACGCUCUUCGGCUCUGGGUGUCGUGGCGUCUGGAUCAGCUACAGGUGGUAUAGUGUACUCUGUACUGGUGCGGCAGCUACUUCCAAAGUUGGGCUUCGGCACAACUGUCCGUGUGCUUGGGUUCGUGACAAUGGGUACUGGUCUAAUAUCAAUUGCAUUUCUGAGGACUCGAUUACCACCGCGCAAAGCAGGGCCGCUUGUUGAGUGGAGUGCUUUCAAGGAAAUCCCCUAUACACUAUACUGCAUCGGCAUGUUCCUAAACUUCUGGAGUCUGUAUUUCGCUUUCUACUACGUCGGCUCUUUCGGUCGCAACAUGAUUGGCGUCAGCUAUGAAGAUUCAAUUAAUUACUUACUCAUCCUGAACAGUGUUGGCUAUCCUGGUCGCUUGAUACCGAAUUACCUCGCAGAUAAGUAUUUUGGUCCAUUGAACAGCAUCAUACCGUUCUCGUUCCUAUCUGGAAUCAUGUUCUUUGCAUGGUCAGGCGUCAGCAACAGAGGUGGUCUUAUUGCCUUCUCUGCGUUCUACGGCCUUUCUGCUGCUGGUAUCCAGAGCUUAUUUCCAGCAACGUUAUCAAGCUUGACCUCGGAUUUACGGAAAGCGGGUACGCGUUUGGGCAUGGGAUUCACGAUCGUGUCCUUCGCAGCCUUAACGGGUCCAUCUGUAGCCGGAGCGCUCAUUACAAACGCAGAUGGGAAAUAUCUGGACGCACAGAUGUGGGCAGGUACCAUGAUGCUCUGUGGUUGCUUUACCUUGAUCGCAGCAAGAGUUGUCAAGGUCGGAUGGAGAUUUAAGGUUAAGAUAUGAUAACGGCCCGUUAAUUGGUCAGAUAAAUCCUCGUUUCAGUGUCGUCUUUCUCCUCCAAGGCGUCAAAAGCCUGUUCUCCUUCGAAAUACAAGUGCAAGUGCAUUCUAGCUGGUGCCAUGCGCAGAGCAAUAUCGGGG